CUCCCUAUUGCUUUCCCCUCUUCUACAUACCUGCAAUCCGCUCUCUACCGCGCGCAUUGCAUCCGCGCCCCCAAUCUACAAAACUCAGGUUCUCGUCCGAUGCGCUAAACAAUCAAACUUAUGCUCCGCCAGGCCGUCCGAGGAGCUCGGAAGUAUCAGCAUGUGGCCCGCAGAGGCUCUAGGGCUUUCGCCCUGGUAGCGCCACGAUUCCUUCACUAUGGUGGUAUGAAAGACAAAAUCAACUUCUUCGAAAAGACAACGCCGGGGAGUAAGCAUAUCAGGCAAAUCGAUCCCGAGGCCGAGGACCGCGCCGAGCUAGAAGAAGUGGAGGCUGAGUUGGCCAAGAUAAACAAAGAUUUGGAAAUCCUGCAAGAGGGUCCUUUCGGUCCUAAUAGUCCGUUCAUCCGCGGGUUGCCGGAGAAGGAGCGAGCCAUUGCACUCGAAGUCAUUCGAAAACAUGAGGCCGAGCAUGGCUCUCGCAAAUCCAAACUAAAGUUGGACGACGUGUUCGGCGAUGACCUUGAUACCAUGCUGGAGGAAGAAUUUCGAGGGAUGGCCGAAGAGGGAGAAAAUUGGUACAAGAAUGUGGACAAUAAAGAUUCACGCAGAAAGGUUCCUAGGAAAUCCUACGAGAUCACACCGGCCGAGACAGAACAUCGCCCUUAUGUCGAAAAGUUCAAUGAGAAUUUGAGGUUUAUAGCAAAUGGAACGUCGGAUGAGGCGCGGGCACAGGAAGUUUGGAAGUGGUAUCGCCGCUGCAAACGUAUUAUCCCUGGGUUUUUGCGCUCGAUACCGGCAGACGCCUGGACGCUUUUGUGGGACUCGCAGGCUCAAGAAAGCUUACCGGGGGCUCAAGUUGCGACGCACAUCAAAACCCUUGCUGAAGAUGCUACCUCUAUUGGUUUUCCGCUCUCGACACGACGAAUUAUUUCUUAUAUCGAGGCCCUUCAUGUAAUGGGGAGAGUGGGCAUUGCCCUGGAGAAGUGGGAAGCCCACCAGGCAGGACUUUGUCAAACGAAGGAAGACCUGGAAGCGUAUUGGAUAUUGGGAGUACAACUCUUCUCCGCGGAAGGUAAUCCUCAGCGAGCGCAGGACAUUGCCUUAGCAUUCCUCGCGAACGAUUCAUCCCGUGAGCCUCGUAUUCUCAUCCCUAUCAUAACAGCAUGGGCCGAGCAGCCCGGGAAGGAGGCAGAGACCAAGGCGUGGGCGUUGUACCUCCAACUCAGAGCCUUUCGUGAUCACCAAAUGACAAUGAAUGACUACGACACCAUCAGCAUCGGUCUGCUAAAAGCCGGCAAGCUGGACCUGGCGAUAGCUGUGUUCAAAGACAUGAUGGUGACCGGCCGUGAUCCGGCACACGACUCAACCGCACUUUACAAAGCGGCCCUCGGCCUGGCUGGCAAUCUUCAAGCCUCCAGCGUCUCAGAGCAAGACGUCAAUAGGGUUUCAUUAUCAACCCUAACUCUUCUGCCCCGACGAUUUCAGAAUCGGUUCUUCUACGCCAGCUGGAUGAAGAAACUUAUCGGCAUGGGUGAGGUAGACUCCGCAGCACUGGUCGUGGAGUUGAUGUACGAAAGAGGCAUCACUCCGGAUACCAAACACCUCAAUGGUAUUGUUGCCGCAUGGUUGCGGGACGGUGACGCUGUAUCACGAGAGAAGGCCGAACGCCUUGGGUGGGCGAUGGUUCAGCGACGGAUUGACUCAGCCUGGGCACGGAUCAUGGUAGUGGGGGAAGCACCCAAGGUUGAUAUCAAUCAGAAGCAGGACAUGGAUCGCGCUCGCAUGCCGAAGUUCAUGCAGCGUUCUAUGCCCAGCGCUACCAUUGAGACCUUUUCGAUCCUUCUCCUUCACUACACCCGUAGGAGUGACGAGGACAUGGUCAAAUACCUGAUCAAAUGCUUGGGCGAUGCGCGCCUUCAGCCCAACUCGUACUUCAUGAACCACCUUCUCUACGCGGAGCUUAGGAAAGAAAACAUACAGGCCUUGUGGCGGAAAUACAAAUCACUGUCCACUGUGACUCAACCGGACCUUGAAACAUUUGCGUGCUUGUGGGACUGUGGCAAGCUUCAGUACGACCGCAGCCGGACUGCCUUUGUGGCCGACUUUCCCAGCGCGCGCGGUCUUUUCUCGGAAAUGAUGCGAUGGUUCGCUCAGCUGCCGAAUCGCGGCCAAUCGCUCGCUCGGGAAGAGUUCUCUAAGGAGUUCUACGAUCAAAUCAUCCGUUGCUUCUGUCUUUCCAAGGACCUUCAUGGAACGCUCGUUGCUCUUCAUGCGUUGCGUGCCAUGUUUGGCUUUGCCCCUGAUGCAACCACCGUCCGUGCGAUUGUUCUUCAGGUGGCCCGGAUGGCCGGCGUACCGGCUAACACGCCUAAGCGCCGUCUUCGACGUCUUUCCAGCACUCCGAGGAGCAAGGAUAAUGUUGCGCAUGUACAAAGAUUGGUACAAAUGCUCACCGACCGCAAGAACGCUGCGCUGGAGGCUCGGGGUCAAAAUUUGGAGGGGCUUGAGCCCGAUGAACAAGAGCAGUUUCUGCUGGAAAUCAUGGCCGAAUUGCUGCGUGCGGUCAUGAAUCGAACCGCUCAACAUCCGACUCGCGUUGAGGCGGACAUUGUGACGGUGGCUGAGGAGAUGGCAGUAUCUGGGAUUGACCUAGGGUCGGCACUCGACGGCGAUAGCCAAUUAUUUUGAGCUUGUCUUGAAGAGCGUGUCUCUGGGCUGUUCGGCGCUUACGUUGGGAUAUGUUUUGCAGCGUUAUAGACGGCGUCUUGGGUGAUCAUAUCGGGAUUAUGUAUAUACAUAAACAGAACGGUCCAGUUAUUUCUUUCUUUCAAACGGAGAAUAAUUCCUCUUCUCAAGGUUU